GUGAAGGCGCGUAUCCCACCUGGAGGAGGACAGCUGAGCGCAGCCGAGCGCAGACGACUUGUCUUUAGCCUGAGAAAGUGGAUUGCUCACACAUCUCAGGACAUCUCAGUCUUAUCAUGGAACAUAUGGAGGAUCUACCAAAUAGGAAUAGUCUCGACACUUGCAAUCCAUAUGAGGAAUUUAGUGCAAAUAUUUCAUGCACUCCUCAAGAUCAAGGCACUCAUCAAAUCUCAAUCCAGACUGACAGCACAGACUUGGACAAAGUGGGAGAGAUGUUUGAACGCUGCAUUGAAGAAGUGUUUCAUCUGGAGAUGCACAGAGACCGUCUCAUAGAGGAGUUUGCCCAGCUGCAGGAGCCCAUGCUGGGAGGAGUGAGACACCUGAGAGGCCGUCUUCUGGAAGCUCAGCGGCUGCUCACACUGGCUCAGCUGGAUUACAUCUCUGUCUAUGAGGAAGUGCAGCAGCUUAAAAGGAAACUAUUCUCCACAGCACGAGACAGCAUCCAGAGCCAAGUGACACUGGCCACACGUCAGUUUGAAGUAGCCCAGUCUGAUGUGACACAGGAGGAGCUUAAAGCCACUAUUCAGACUCUAACAGAGGAAAAGGCUGAGCUUGAGAAAGCUCACAAAGAGCAGGUGGACCACCUGCAUAGCCAGAAGGCUAAGCCCAGGUCCCGCACUAUGAGCGACAGUGUGAGCCUGUGUCGCCAGGCCUCUCAGCGGCUGCAGCGCAGACUCAGUGGCAGUAUCAAGUCCUUGGAGAGCUGGUACGAGCCCCGCCUAGUGGCUUUGCUCCGGAGGAGGCAGAUUGGAGAGGAUGCUCUGAAGAGAACCAGGGAGCAGAGCACAGACCUGAAGGCUCAGCUGGGGCCCCUCAGGGAGCAGUUCCAGAGACUAGAGACACAGAGGACUAAGUUGGAGAAAAGGAAAGCAUUGAUCGAGACAGACAGGGAACAAAAUUUCAAACAACACAAGGAGAAAGUGGAGAAACUGACGAGUGAAUUAAAUGACCUUGAAGCAGAGUUUGAAACUCAAAAAGCAUCCAAGAGCAUUCUAGAAAAUCUCAAGGAGGGCUUGUUAAGGGAGCUAACUUUUCUCAGAGGCAGUGACGAAGCAACUGAAGAACAUCAAUUAUAUGGUGCAUUAUAGCACAUUUCUUAUAGGGC